GCUUUAACCGGUGAACUUCAACAAAUUCGCUAAUAAAUCACGAUGAAGUGAUUUAUGACCUCGUUUUAUCACACCCUCCCAUCACCUGCAUAACAAGGGGUUAGAAACCUGACCUAUCCGCCACUGUACCCCGGCCUUCCUCCCGGAACUCAGGCGGUUCUGGGGCGCAUGACCGUGCCCCGGACAUGCGCAGUCCACGCCCCAUCACCACCCACCAGCCAGGAGAAUGUUUGUGUCUUGUUAUCACUGAAAAUUCCAUCAUAACUAAAAACUCAGUCAUACAUUUUCAUCGUGUUCAGCUUUUAAGUGAUAGGGGCCUAUGAAUUAAAAAUGUCGGAGCGUAAUUUUGGUGUUAAUAAUGUUAAUUGAAACAACAUCCGGCGCUAACCUAAAAGUCUACGUUCAGCUGUUUUAGAUUAUUCAUGUCAGUGUAAAUAUUUUCGCACAAUGCUGCAGUGGUGUAAAAAGUGCCGUUUACAUAAUUGUCUGUAGUACUUACUGCAGUCUACAAGAGAGAACGUUGAAUGAAGCAUGCUGCACAACGUUAGGUGAUGUUCUGAAAAUGUGGCGAUUUUUCUACAGACCCAUGGCUAACCAACUGAAGAAUCAACUCUGGAACUGGCGCUGCAAGUGCAGCGUGGUGAGCGUGGCGGCUGUGCUGCUGGUGCUGUACAACGCGGCGGCGCACGUGUGGCUGCAGCGCGACGCCGCGUGCGCGCCCGCGCCGCCGCCGCCGCCGCCCCCCAGCUGCGAGCCGUGCGCGCAGCCGCCGCGCGCCGCGCCGCCCGCCGACCCGCUGGCCGCGCUCGACAUGCGCCUCGGCCGCUGGGACGGCGCGCGCGCCUACCGCCUGUUCGACUACGCGGCCGUCGGCUCGCGCUACGCCUCGCUGGGCGGCUCGCGGCGCGUGUGCCUCGCCACGCAGAGCUCGGUGGAGCGGCUGCACGAGCUGCUGGCGCUGGCGGCGCACUGGUCCGGCCCGCUGUCCGUGGCCGUGUUCGUGACGGGCGACGAGCUGCGCGCGCUGCGCGGGUUCGCGGCGUGGCUGCUGCGCUGCCGGCCCGCCGUGUGGGCGCGCCUGGCGCUGCACGUGGGCACGCCGGGCGCGCGGCCGGGCGCGGCGGGCGGCGCGCUGCCGGGCUGGGCGCGGGACUGCGCACAGCCGCCGCCCGCGCCGCGCCGCCGCGCCGACACCGUGGCGUGGCGCGCGACGCACCCCUACCCGCAGAACCACCUGCGCAACCUGGCGCGCAAGAACUGCCACGGCUCGCACGUGCUGCUGCUGGACAUCGACGUGGUGCCGUCGCGCGGGCUGGCGCCGGCGCUGGAGCGGUUCCUGCGCGCCGCGCCGCGCUGCCCGCUGUGCGUGUACGUGGUGCCCACCUACGAGCUGGACCGCCGCGUGCGCGCCUUCCCGAGCGACAAGGCGGAGCUGAUACGCCUCUCGCGCAAGAAGCUCGCCAUCCCGUUCCACAGGAAGAUCUUCAUUUACAACCAAUACGCUUCCAAUUUCUCUCUGUGGGAGGCAUCGGGCGGCAACGAGAGCGCGGAGACGCACGUGAGCCACAACGUGACCAACUUCGAGUUGUUCUACGAGCCGUUCUACCUGGCGCCGGACAGCGUGCCCGCGCACGACGAGCGCUUCCUGGGCUAUGGGUUCACCAGGAACAGCCAGGUGUACGAGAUGUUCCUGUACGGCUACCAGUUCCAGGUCCUGUCCCCGGUGUUCACCAUCCACUGGGGGCUGCAGGAGCGCCGCGCGCGCCCUCUGUGGCGCGAGAAGCAGAACGAAAAGAACAGAAAACAGUUCGAGACUUUCAAGAGGGAACUGUUCGCUAGGUAUCGGAAGGACCCCCUGCACCUGCUUCGACGGCCGCCGCAGCAGCCCGGCAAGAAGGGUGCAUAGGCUUCAGCCGGCCGGCGGUCCGCCGCAGGCCGUGCCCCCACCCUCGCCCUGACUCAUGGACUCCUAGUGUGCUUGUGGCUACGUGUAUAGCGCUGUGAGCUUGAAGCUUCGAAUAAGGACUUUUCGUGUUUAGUGACGAAAGAGGUUGGCGCGAAGGAGGCCGAAUAUUCUCCGAAAAGGUUGAAAUAAUAAGUUGCACAGUUAGUUAGAAUAACUUUUUUUGGGACAGUCAAUGUAAAGAAACAGAAUAAGUGACGUGCCUACGCUUUUGAAUAAAGAAUGCCAACUAAAAUCGUUAUAAUAUUAUGUUUCAUCGUAACUUCGACAUUCAUAAUUUUAACAUUUUGCAUUUACAUUUUGAACCUGAAAUAUUUAAUUAAGUAUCACAUUCCUUUUUACAGCGUCAUUUUAGGAGUACUUCUGGAUAACUAGGGUACCUAAAUAUGCAAAAAUGCAAAUGAAUCUACACUUUAGACAAUAGGAUAGAAAGGCUAUUAAUGCUAACUAAGUAUAUAAGUAAUUAAGUAGAAUUAUAGGAUGUCGCUAAAGCUCUUCGCACUCAGAAGCAACAGAAUGAGUGUUGGUUCGUGGUUGUGUAAAGUUGUAACGGCUGAUACAUUUUUUCAUACUUAUUAAGUACUUAAUAUUAAUUUAUUCUAUAUGUGAUAUAAACGUGAUAAUUUUUGGACCCACCUACAUUUCGCAUUGAUCAUGAUCAUACUGUUCUGUUGCAUUGUAUGUACGGUCAUGUGCAGAGAAACCUGAUCCCCCUCUCA